CAGGCAAACCUGGCAACACUGAAGUAGACGGAAAUGUCUAACUUGUGACUGCACUGUGUAGUGAAUUUAGUGUUUCUCUCUCCUCUCUUGUUCUUGAAUUUAUCCAACCUGUGCCGAUAUUUAUGGUUAUUUAACUUCUUGGUAUCUCGUUUUUCAAACCCCGGGCGGAUACGUUGCGGUUUGACCUGGUAUUUUAACACAGAAAUAUCGCUCUCCGGUUGCUAGCUCAUUAGCUUGCCAUGCUAGCUCGUUUCGAAAAUCCCCGACAACAACAAUCUUGUUCGGAUUAUUUCGGCGGUUAACUAAAAGUUUAAAACACCGGCCGGCUUUAAGGUGAGCACAACAAACAUAGGGCGAUAAAGUACAGGAUGUCUAUUGAGUGUGAGGAGCCCGCGUUAACGGGGAGUUACGGUGUCGUCGGGUCGUUUCCCAAAAGUUUUGGUUAUGGGGUGGAGGAGGCAGACAUGGAGGAGAGCUCCACACCAGCUGAUAAACCGAGGAUACUGCUGAUGGGGCUGAGACGGAGUGGAAAGUCAUCCAUCCAGAAGGUUGUGUUCCACAAAAUGUCACCCAAUGAGACUUUGUUCCUUGAGAGCACCAACAAGAUCUACAAGGACGACAUCUCCAGCAGCUCCUUCGUCAACUUCCAGAUCUGGGACUUUCCUGGACAGGUGGACUUUUUCGACCCCACAUUUGACAGUGAGAUGAUCUUCAAGGGAACCGGCGCUUUAAUCUUUGUCAUUGACGCUCAGGAUGACUACAUGGAGGCUCUUGGGCGGUUGCAUCUCACUGUAUCUAGAGCCUACAAAGUGAACCCAGACAUCAACUUUGAGGUGUUCAUCCAUAAAGUGGACGGGUUGUCAGACGACCACAAAAUAGAAACACAAAGAGACGUUCAUCAGAGGGCCAACGAUGAUCUGGCAGAUGCCAGCCUGGAGAAGGUUCACCUGAGUUUCUACCUGACCAGCAUCUACGACCACUCCAUAUUCGAGGCCUUCAGUAAAGUCGUCCAGAAGCUCAUUCCACAGUUACCAACGCUGGAGAACCUUUUGAACAUUUUCAUAUCUCAUUCUGGGAUUGAGAAGGCCUUCCUGUUUGAUGUUGUUAGCAAGAUUUACAUCGCCACAGACAGCUCUCCUGUGGACAUGCAGUCCUACGAACUCUGCUGUGAUAUGAUAGAUGUUGUCAUUGAUGUCUCCUGCAUUUACGGACUAAUGGAGGAUGGCAGUGGCUGUGCCUAUGACAAGGAGUCUUUGGCUAUCAUCAAGCUCAACAACACUACAGUGCUUUAUUUGAAAGAGGUCACAAAGUUCCUCGCUCUCGUCUGCAUCCUCAGAGAGGAGAGCUUUGAGAGGAAAGGUUUGAUAGAGUACAAUUUUCACUGUUUCCGAAAAGCCAUCCACGAAGUGUUUGAAGUCAGUACUUCAACACACGGCGCCGCCUGGAGACCAGCAAGCUCGUCCAGCAACAACCUGAGUGGUUUAAAAUACGCUGCACUGAACGGGAAUGCUGUUUAAGGGGCGAAGAGGAGACGAGUGACAAGUUUAAUUCUGGUUUACCUGAAGUGCAGCGAGGCCGCACUCUGUGAGUAAUAAUAUGAAAGCACUCAUUCCUCCUAAACCUGCAGAUGUUGCCUCUCUGUGUUCAGCUGCAUGUGAAUCAGUUAGAGAAGCAGCUCAUGAACUGAACUCAGGCAGAUGAUGAUGUAGCCCUGAACCUCCAGCGAAUCACUGAGUCACAGCUUCAGAGAGCUGAAACAAGACGAUAGGCUAAAUCUUAUCUACCUGCUUCUUUUCAUCUGCUUUGAGAAGAUAAGAUUUUUCAGAAAUGUAUCUGUCCGUUAUUACAGGUGACAAAAAAAAAAAAAAAACACAAACCAAAGUUUGGUUCCUACUUUCUGCAUAUUUAAUGGCAUUGCAACAUCAGUUAUGUUUACCUUCUGAGCCAGUUAAUCCUGUGUACUCUGCAACAUAAAAAUACUCGUGGAAGAUAUUUGUCGUACGGUUUAUGUGGUUGCCGUCAAACUGAGCUCAGUGUAAAAGCUCCAUUGACUCAACCGGAGACCUUUCGACCUGUAUUUCCACGAACUACCUUUCACAUUCUACAAACUUCUUUCAUGUUCCCUCUCAUUUUACCUUGAAUUAUUGAGUUUUUUAAGUGGCUUUAAUCCCCCGUAUGAAAAACAAAUCCCGUCGAGCACAGUGUUUGUUCUUCACUGUGUUUUCUGUUGAUAAUGACUCAUGCAACCAGCGACUGGUGCUCUGCUCAGGAUCUCCUCAGACCAGAACUGUGCCAGUUACACCAUUAGAGCCACGGUUGAUUAACAGAGGGGGCGACGACAUGAUGGUCUUAAUGGAUUCUGGAAAUAACUAAUGAUGUCUUUCACUCGGACAGGCUGCCACGCCUGCUGACAGCUGACUGUUUUGUAGCUUAAUGAACAUUUUGGCCAAAUUUACUACACAGAGACUCUUUUGCUUUUUUUUGGUGUGAGCGCUGUGCGGGACCUUGAAGAUUUUAUUUUUAUUAUUGUAUGUAAUUCUUUAAUAAAAUAUGUUUCAUAUUUUUCUUUA